GUUUUUCGCUUAAAACAGCAUCAUGUCGAGCGCUCGGUGCUUAAACUGGUCCCGACCGCCGCCGGGAAGGCAUCCAGCAACGCUCCGGAAGCAGCUGUCCUGCAUCGAACCCUCCUCACCCUCACCCCUGCCCGGCGGUGGACGCUCCCAAUCGGUAACUAGCCUAGCGUCACCCGCGGUCGAUACAGCCGACAUUCGCCACAUUCUCGUAACCGGUGCGAUCAUUCACUCGAACCGUUUGCAAACCUAUCACACCUACAAUCAGGCCCACCGUGGUGCGAGCGCCUCCCUGCUACGAUCACGCCCAACAUCGCACAUUGCGACCGGCGAGGACGGUCAGCGUCACCGUCCGGCCAGUGCCGGGGCUGGAGCAGGCCGGCGGGCGAUCUUGUGCAAGCAAUUGUCACUCGAUCGGAGCAUCCUGGUAGCGUCCUCCAUCGCGUCCGGGAUGGCAACCGUUGCAGCGGGUGGUACCAUCCCUUUGGGGGUCGGUGCCGAUCGGGACGAGGCGGGUGACGGAUGGGCCUUCAAUCGGAAGCAGCAACGGGCUGGAGCAGCAACCAGAGCAGACUCGGAUGCGAACGCUAAAAAGGGUCUCAAAUCGAUCAAAGAUUCGCGCAUCAACAUUAAAAUCUUUCUCGGGCAAACCGUCCAACAAGACUCCUCCGACACCGGUAUAAGCGACACCGAGGGACCGACCGCAGCGUCGGUAACGGCACUGCAGCAGGGUGGUACCAACCAAUCUAGCCGCCCGAUCGCUUCCCAUGCGAAGCAGGAAUCAUCCGUCACGAACAUGCCCUCCGACACAACAGCUGCCGGUGGAAAAAGCAAACCCACCAACGGAACUACCAGCAGCAGCAGUACCAACAACGGUACGCCCAACACUUUCCAAGCAGUUGCCGGCACUGGGUCCAACAUCGGCAGCGGGUCCAACGCUAGUGGACGGACCUCGUCACUGGCACAGCGUCGGGCACAGUUUCAAGCGAAUCGGCAAAACUCGGAAGCACACGAUCGACGCCAUCCGCCACUGGUGCGGGCUAUGUCCGCACCGAUCCGUCCAGCCGAUACUGAUGCGUCCAAAUUUGCACAGAGCAAGAAGAAACCACGCCGUAGGAAAGUGUUGAGGGAAAAGGACGAGUAUAAUAUCUGCGAAGAGGAUGAAUUUAGCGACGACGGAUGCAACAAGAUGCCGCCCGGAGGCACGGGAACGGGCGCCACACAAUCGAUGGGAUCGAAUGGCCGACAGGUACCUGCCUGCAUACUGCCGAUGCGAUCCCGCUCCGUACUAGGUGGACCUUGCGAUAUAGAGACGCUCGUGUCGCUGCUCAGUUCCGGUGGCAGUGAUUCGGAAAAGGAGCAAGAUUCAACGCAAGCUUCAGCGACCAAUACCACCGGGCAACAGUCGCCUACCGCGACACCGCCCGCCAACGCUUAUCACAGAGGACAACCAUUUUCGUCCGCCCAUUUCGCAAAGGGACGCGCUCCGAUGCUCAAGAAGGCCGGCAAAUCGGUGUCGUUUCAGGAGAGCGACCUUAAGCCGGUCGCUACCGCUGGUCUCAAUCGGGACUAUCGGAAGCCAUCGUUUCAACCGACGGUGGCUAGCAGGAUUCGUCGUACGCAGCAGCUCGUCAGCACGCUGAAUGCUUUCCAGCUGAACAAGGACAAGGAUCGAAGUGAGGACAAAGAUACAGAAGAUAAGGAGAGUGGAGAUCCUACUGCAGGAGUUGAUAGCGAUCAGCUUACCAAAAACAGCCCCACGAUCGACACACCAACGAUCUCGCAGGCCAAUGUCGCCAGUACUAAAGUAGAAGUCAACAAAGCUGCAGCUGGCGCAGCAACCGUGUCCACCAACGGGGAUCUACAAACGCCCAAGGAACAGGAGUGCUAUCGACUGUUUCUCAAAAUGUCCAAGAAAGGGUUGGCCGUGUCGUACGAUACGAUCCUACGGGGAAUGCUCACCCCAACCGAGCUGCGCGUACUGCAGAAGAAGAAAAGCCGACAGCAGGACGAAAGUGAUGCAGCCGAAAAUGGAAACGGUGGUGAAAGUUCGCCAGAAAAUGGUAUGUUUGAGAAUGGGACCACAUUUGAGGAGUUCCGUUUUCAUCACGGUAACGAGGAUGUCCCACUCACCAUACCGGAGGAACCGCCCACAGUGUCGAACGAGGACAGUAAUGAUUGCGAGCCGAAACACAGUCAAAUUACCACUGACAGUGGAUACUAAAAUCAGGCCUUUAGUGAACUGUGA